CUUUCUUUCUACUGUUUCCAUACUUGGCCUGAAUGCUGUUUCCAAAUAGAACCUUAUUUACCCCAAGACAAGCUCAUCGAUGUUAUGCGAUUAUGACCAGAGCUAAACACCGAGCGGGAAUCCCCGUAACCUCACCUCAACCAGCAAAACCGAUCAAAAAGAAACAAAUUGACUGGAAAUCAGAUAAUCCGGAAAAUAAGGGAGCCUCUACUGUAGUCAAUUACAAUGCAACCCAUGCUACUGGAAAAGAAAAAACACUAGACACACCGAAGAAGCGACCAGCAAAGGUAGCUAUGAUAAAGAAGCCAGCAGGAAUUUCAGAACGCAUCGUUCAGAUCCCAACAAAUAUAGUACAACCUGCUGAUCCACAUAUGCUUAGAGUAGCAGUCAUUGGAGCUGCUAAUGCUGGAAAAUCGACUCUAGUGAAUAAGCUUAUUGGAGAAGAGGUUUCUGGAGUUUCACCCAAGGCUCAUACAACACGAGAAAGAGUGUUGGCCGUGCUGACAGAGGGUCAACAUCAAAUUGUCUUUUUGGACACUCCUGGAAUUAUACCAGAUCGUAAUCAUGCCCAAAUGAAUCGCACACUUGCUACAUCUUCAUGGCGAUCUUUGGAUGAAGCAGAUCAUGUCAUGAUCGUUGUCGACGCAAACUGGUCACUCAACACACAGUCACUCAAGACAGAGCAGUUCUUACUGUCUCGACUUCAUGAUAUACAUAUUCCUGCCACACUCGUCUUUAAUAAAAUGGAUCUUGUUGGUCAUGAUAUAAAAGUGUUAGAGGAUGUCAAAAAUAGAUAUGAAAGAGGAUACGGAAGUAUACAACAAAUUGUGUAUACUUCAGCUACAGAAGGAAAGGAUGUCGGUACACUCAAGAAUACACUUUUUAGCAAGUCUUUAUCAAGACCAUGGGAAUAUCCAGCUGAACAAAAAGUAGAAAUGCCCAAUUUGAAGCGAGUAGAGGAGAUCAUUAGAGUAGAAUUCUUUAAACGCCUGCAUCAUUAUAUUCCCUAUAUGAUUAAACAGGAAAAUGUUGGAUGGACUGAGUUAAACAAGACACUGGUGAUUGACCAGAAUGUCUAUGUUGAGAGAGACAGUCAAUUGAAAAUUAUAGUAGGAUCAAACGGCAAGAUAAUUAAUAAUGUUAUUGCAGAUGCCAAGGACAAGAUCAGUCGAGCAUUUGGAAGGCCAGUGAAACUAAAUAUACAGGCCAAAGUAAGAAAGACUCCUAUUGCUGGUUUGAUUUAGGACUCUUUUUUUUAUAUUGUAAACUAUUUGUAAUUAAAAUUAAGCAUUUACUUUAUUCCUUCCAAAAAACAACAACAAUGCAUGCG